UUUAGGCAACCCUACUUAUUAUAAUCAUCAUCACACCUUAUAAAUUGAAACACAGAAACAAAACAGCCAUCCCACAAAAUACAAUAAUGCUUGAGCUAUUUACAACCCUAACUCUAUCUGCAAUUUUCGCCUUCUUAUUGAACAAAUGGAAGAAAUCCCAAAAUAGCAAGUCAACGAAAAAACCGCCACCUGGCCCGCGAAAACUUCCUAUAAUCGGAAAUCUCCACCAAAUCAGCAAUCCUCCCUUCCGCUGCUUCCGAGAUCUAUCCAACCAGCACGGCCCCCUAAUGCACCUCCAGCUCGGCGAGUCGACAGCUGUCGUCGUCUCGUCACCCGAGCUGGCGAAGCAAAUGCUGAAGGACCUCGACCCCGGCUUCGCGGACAAGCCACGGAGCACGGCCGGCGAGAUCAUGUUCUAUAACUACAGCGACAUAGCCAUCUGCCCCUACGGCGGGUAUUGGAGCCAGAUGAGGAAGCUCUGCAUCAACGAGCUUCUGAGCCCGAAAAUGGUGAGAUUCUCCCGAUCCAUUCGAGACGACCAGCUGGCUAGGCUGGUCGAGUCCCUUCGCGAAUGUUCUGGAAGGGCUGUGGAUUUGACGGAGAAGAUAUUGUUUAACUCCAAUUUCUUCACUUGCCGCGUGGCGUGUGGCGGCGUGGUUGAGGAUAAUGAGACGUUAUUGAGGCUCAUUCUUGAGUCGACUCAGGUUGUUGUGAGCUUUGAGGUUGCGGAUCUUUUCCCGUCGUGGAGGAUUGUGAGUGCGAUGAGCUGGACGAGGCGGCGGCUCAAGACGAUGCGGUGCAAGCUCGAUAAGAUCAUGGAUGACAUCAUCGACCGGCAUAGGAGAAAUCGACUCUCGGGGUUGGGGAAUUCGGAGUUUGGGAGUGAGGAUUUGGUGGAUGUGUUUCUUAGGGUUCAGGAGGAAGGGAAGCUUAGGUAUUCUAUCACCAAUGACAACAUCAAGGCUGUGUUGUAUGAUGUUUUCAUAGGUGGAACUGAAACUUCGUCGACAACAAUUGACUGGGCGAUGGUGGAGCUACUGAGGCACCCUCGAGUCAUGGCCAAGGCACAAGGUGAAGUGAGACAAGUGUUGAAUGGGAAUAAUGCUGAACAUACUUUCAAGUAUCUGAAAUUAGUGAUCAAGGAGACUCUGAGGCUGCACCCACCGGCUCCGCUAGUGCCUAGAGCUUGCAAGGAUGAACAAGUGAUCAAUGGAUACACCAUACCUGCGGGACAACAAGUGUUUGUGAACAUUUGGGCAAUGCAGAGAGAUCCGAGGUACUGGAAUGACCCGGAGAAGUUUGAGCCCGAGAGAUUUGAGGAUCAGUCUGUUGACUUUAUGGGGGGUGAUUAUCAUUUCUUGCCCUUUGGAACUGGAAAAAGAAUGUGCCCUGGGAUGACGUUUGGUUUGGCUAAUGUGGAGUCGGCUUUAGCCCAAUUGCUCUAUCACUUUGAUUGGAAACUUCCAGGAGGAGUCAGGGCUCAGGAUUUGGACAUGAAUGAAAACAAUGGGGUAACUGCCGCACGGAAACACAAUUUGUUUGUAGUUGCCACUCCGUAUAAAUAA